AUGAGGCACUGUGAGCAGAGACUGAUGGGAGGAAAGGUGCAAGUGAGGUGCGGGGGGCCCAGCCUGGUGCGGGGGGCAGUGCCAAGUGGGUACUGGCUGGGAGGUCUGCGUGGAGGUUUGGCUGCUGACGUCCUGCUGUGGUGGGACAGGCUGGAAACACAGGUUGGGCAGAGUGAUUCCUCACUUGCUGCCCUGUCUAGUCAGCCUCCCCUCUCUUUCCAUCCUGUGCUGCACACCUUGUGUGUCCUCCAUCUCCACCGCGUUUUACACCAGUGGCUUUCUUACUUUAUUUUUAGCAGAAGAACUUUUUUGCUUAUGCACCUAAUUUCCAUCUCUGAGAUGUUCUAG